UUUAUAGCCACUAUGACGUGUCUGGGUUACCCCUUCUGUCUGUGGCUUAACAGUCUGUCGGAGGCAAAUCAAACUAAAACCAAGCACAAACAUGUCUGGACGCUCGGUUCGCGCUGAGACACGAAGCCGUGCUAAAGAUGACAUGAAGAAGGUCAUGGCGGUCAUUGAGAGGGUCAGAAGAUGGGAGAAGAAAUGGGUGACUGUCGGGGACACAUCUUUGAGGAUAUUCAAAUGGGUGCCAGUGGUGGAUACAAAGGAAAAGGAGAAGAGUAAGGCAGUCCCGGUUGGGGCAGUCAGGGAGCUGAAUCGCUUCUCCACGGAUCCAGCCUCAGAAAACCCACACUCAAGUCUUCUGGAUUUUCAUGAUGAGAACAGUAACCAGAGCUCCUUGUCUGAUGCGUACCAGCCCAAAGUGGACAGCAGCAGUAACUCCAGCCCCCAGCUCAGUGAACCUCUUAGCCCGAAGAAUCUGUGUGACUUCCGCAGAGACGACUCCCAGCCCCCCACUCUGGGCCAGGAGAUCAUGGAGGAUUCGUCAUUGCCAAGUGAAUUGGCUGACGAACCUCCAUUGCUGAUUAAAGAGGACCUGUUGCCCCUCACUGCUCAGGAGGAAGAGGAGUGUUCUGGAGCACCACCACUGAAGAGAGUGUGUUUUGAGCAGAACUCAGUCCUGCAGAGCUCCCCCAUGAUGAGCUCCUCCAUGAUGACCUAACACACACUGCACUUAGCAUCCGGGUCAGGCCCAAUUCACUUAAGGCAUUUUGUUGAAUCUCGUUUUGUGAUUUGGAAAAAUUAUCGUUUUCAAUGAGGACACUUCUGGUUCACGAAUUGAACUCUCAACAAACUUCCUGAAUUUGAAUUGAUUUGAACCCGGCCCUGCUUAGCUUUUAGUCAGCGAGUUGCACGACCACCAGUCAGUCUAUCCUCCGAUGACUGCAAUAGACACCAUUUUAAGGACCAGACAUAUUUGGUUAAAUUAAGGACCACCAUACUUGUUAUGAUGAUAUAUUGAAUUAAGUUUCUCCCUCAAAGGAUUCAUGAAUAUGUAGUUUAGUUUAGCCUAUUUUGUUUUGAAUGGAUUAACAGCCAAAUACAAAAUCAAAGCACCCUACCACAGAUAGAACAAUGAGACAGAUAUUUCACUGGAUGUAUAACUGUGAAGCAUCCAGUUGGCGUUUCCACUCACUACCCAAUAUGGUAGUGAGAGGAAGCCGAGUGGCCGGCAGUGGGAGAACAUGCAACAAGAUAGAUUUUGGCUGACAUUCUGCAUAUUUUCUCAUCAAUGAAACAUUUGAUCUCAAUACAAUUUUCUGUUCCCAAAUCUAGAAUCUGUUAUGAACAGUGGACUAUGUUUUGUAGACUUUAAUCUUUGCCAUAGUUGUAAAAAAUGGCAUUGUUUAGGAGUGCAAAGGCGAAUGAAGUUAUUGCACACGUGCACUUCAGAGUAUGCGUUCCCUAAAAUAAAUAUGCAGAUGUUUGCUAGAACGGGCUAAUAGGAUCUCGCUAGCUUGUGCUUGGCUGCCUACCUCCUUGCUUGUUCUUCCCACUAUGACUCAUUUGUUCCCAUUGGAAACGACAGACUAUGGUCUAUCUUGGUUUAGUUAUACAAAUCUUUGACUCUAGUACAGCACUCUCCCGAAGUAGUGCAGUCAGGUAGGUUAGAUGUCUGUCCUUUUAUUUUCUUUGAUUUGGGAAAUACCGUUUUCUGUCUCCAAAAUGUAACUUUUCGCGUAAACUAUUUUAAUGCAAAACAAUGAUGGGCUAUUUAUGAAGUAAUAGGUGAAUUCACCUAUGGUUAGUGUUGAAUGGUUCAAGUAGGAUUGGCUUUAUUGUGAGUACAGUUUCAUAUUGUGCCAUUGACACUUGUUACUCAAUGCUAGCUGUCAGGAUCUUUGUCACAGCAACAGUGAAAGAUAAAGUUGACAAUCGGCACUGCCAAUUUCUAAAUGAAGUGUCAACUCCGUCCAUCCGGGACACACUUUUGAGAAAAUCAAACACACUCAGUGCCUAAAUCUAAGUUUAACAUUGGAUAAUGUUUCAACAUUACAAGUACUGUAUGUGCUGUUAUUGGUAUGAACAUCACAUUCACUGAAUGAAGAGUUCAUUUAAAUUACUAGGUCCUUAUGUUUUGUAAUUUAUCUCUUAAAGAUGUUGACUUAGUAGUUAUUUAAGUUAGGGUUCAUUUGUAAAAUGAACACCCAUUGUUUUCCUGUCUAAAAUGGUGUGUCUUGAGCUAUUGUCCCUAGUAACCCAAGGAAGCGCUUGUAUUUCUCAGAUAUUGUUUUAUGUCAUGUUUUACUUGAGUGAAAUUAGGAAAUUAUUUUAUCAGGUUAGCGUGUACACUGAAAAUGUGAUGUUAUUUGGGAGUGACUAUAAUACUUAAAUAGUAACCAAUUAUAUUUAUUACAUAAAAUAUAUUUUUUCUCUCGCUGACAAUCUAAAACAAUUGCACACAUUUGGUAACUGGGGCACACUCAGUGGUUUGCCAUUUCUGAAAGAAAUGCUGUCAAAUUUGGGAUGCAAAAAGGUAACUCCCACGAUGUCAGUAGUUAUUACCAAUUUAUAACAAUUACAAUUUUCAGUCUUAUUAUUUCAUAGUACUGUCAGUCUCUUGAUAAGACAUGAUUAUUUGCAGGGAUGCCAGUAUGUUGAAUGGGCCACUAAAAUGAAGGCAUUUACAAUGUGAUGACUUCUGUAUCCACAUUUUAAUGACCACCUUGCAGAUUAAUUUGGAGAUGGUAGGCUUAUUCUGCUAAUGCAUUAUUUUAUUUUUCAAGAAGGUAGUUUGGAGAAGAGUUUGUAAAAAGUACUUUGUAUUUUAUUGUAAUUUUCCAAGUAAAAAUUAUUUUAUAAAGGA